AGCGGGUCCCGUGACCGUGCGCCCCGCCUGGAACCGCUGCGGUCAUGCAGUCCCCGCCGGUGCUCGUCACCUCCAGGCGAGUUCAGAAUGUCCACACAGGCCUCGACCUGACUGUGCCCCAGCACCAGGAGGUGCGGGGCAAGAUGAUGUCAGGCCACGUGGAGUACCAGAUCCUGGUGGUAACCCGGCUGGCUGCGUUCAAGUCGGCUAAGCACAGGCCCGAGGAUGUCGUCCAGUUCUUGGUCUCCAAAAAGUACAGUGAGAUCGAGGAGUUCUACCAGAAACUGAGCAGUCAUUACCCCGCGGCCAGCCUUCCCCCACUCCCCAGGAAGGUCCUGUUCGUUGGGGAGUCUGACAUCCGGGAAAGGAGAGUCCUGUUCAAUGAGAUUCUGCGCUGUGUCUCAAAGGACGCCGAGUUGGCAGGAAGCCCAGAGCUGCUAGAAUUCUUAGGCACCAGAUCCCCGGGGGCUGCGGACCUCACCAGCAGAGAUGCCUCUGUCCUGGAGGCACACAACCAGGCCCGGGACGAUGGGGAAGCUUUCGACUUCUUCAAGCAGCAGGACCAAGCGGAGGAUGAGGGUCUACCCAUCCCAGGCCUGCAGGGUCAGGAUGCAGGGAAAUCCUCUGAGGAGGAAGAGGAAGAGGCACUGGACCCUCUGGGCAUCAUGCGCUCCAAGAAGCCCAAGAAACGCCCAGAAGUAGCCAUGAAGCCCAAACCCUCAUCCCGACUCACCAUCUUUGAUGAGGAGGUGGACCCUGAGGAGGGGCUCUUUGGCCCAGCUCCGAAGCUCUCCUCUCCCAAGGGCCCCGCAGAGGACAUGCCCCUCAAGGACCCCCUGAAGUUGUUUGAAGAUCCUGAUCUCGGCGGUGCUGUCCCCCUGGGUGACCCCUUGCUGCUGCCUGCCACCCAUAUGAGUGGAGGGCCCACGCCCCACCCGGAGCUGUUCAGAGUUGAAGAAGACUUGGACCAGAUUCUGAACCUGGGGGCCGAGCCCAAGCCCCAGCCUAAGCCCAGACCACCAGUGGCAGCUAAGCCAGCGCUACCCAGAAAGCCAGCUGUGCCCCCCAAAGCGGGCCUGCCUGAGGCUGUGGCGGAGCAGCGGAAGCAGCAGCAGCAGAUUCAAGCCAUGGACGAGAUGGACAUCUUGCAGUAUAUCCGGGACCAUGAUGCACCUGGCCAGGCCACCCCCAGCCUCUUCUGACCCUCCCACCCCUG